CUGAAGAGCUAGUUGGGCUUCGAAUUCGUCGGCUGCAACGAGCGAGCGAGCGAGCGAGCCAUGUCUGCUUCCCCCAUCAGUCAGAUCAUCGCGGUGAGCAUCACACUGGGCUUGUUCGCGGCGAUCUGGGGCAUCCUGCGGCCCCGCGGCCUGCGGGUGGUGCUGAGCGCCUCCUUCUUCGUGGCCUUCCUCGUGGCCACGCAGCUCUCGGUGAAGCUGGUGGAGAGCCCACCCUACAACUGGAAGUACCCAGGGCUCCUCACCACGCUCCACUUCUCCUGUGUGGUGGUCGCCUGCGCCCUGUACUGGUCCUGGCAGGGCCAGCCGCAGAAGAUCCUCCCCUGGUCUAUCCCGCCGCAGCGGUGGCUGAAGACGGUGGUGCCGGUGGCUCUGAGCCAGCCCAUCUCCGUGGUCUUCAACAACAAGGCCAUGGUCUACGCGGGCGCCGGGGUCUGCGCCGUGAUCGGCACGCUGAGCCCCGUGUGCACGGCUCUGCUCUCCAGCUGCGCCGGGCGCCCGCUCACCGUGCUGUCCUGGGGCGGGGUGCUGGUGGCCUUUGUGGGCGCCGCCACCAUCUCCUGGGGCGAGAUCACCUCAGCUCAGGAGAAGGGCAAGUCGCAGAUCGGGCAGGGCCUGAUCUACGCCUUCGCGUCGCUCACGGGGCGCUGUGCGAAGAUCGUGAUCUUGGACUACAUGAUGGCGCCGCUGGCCUACGGAGGUCCGGCAGAAGGCAACGAGGAGGAGCCGCUGAGCGUCAUCCACGUGCUGAUGCUGACGUACCCUUGGGGCGCCGUGCUCUCGCUCACCUACGCGCUCUGCGUCGGCGGGGAAAGCCCCCAGCAGGCGUGGGAGCAGCUCACGCCGCAGCUGGCGGGCUUCGUCGCGCUGAGCUGCGCCUUCGCCUUGGCCCUGAACUUCCUCGGCACCUUCGCCCCGGGCCCCGGAUCCGCCUCGGGGCUCGCGCGCCGCGGGACGGACUCGCCGCGGCUCUGCGGGACCUCGGUGCUAGCGCCCAGCAGAUUGUGGGCAAGCUGAACACCAUCUGCCUGGCCUCCAUCUCCGUGGCCUUCCUGGGGGAGGUUCUGCCGCUGGUGGUGGUUCUGGGCAGCGCGCUGGUCCUCGGCGGCGUCGCGAUCUUCGAGCGCGGGCAGCACGAGGAGGAGGGAGAGACGGACAGCGGCACGGAGGAGCACGUGGAGCUGAAGCUGGUGUCCUGAGCCCCGAAUUCGAUUCUUCUCGGGGCGAGUGGAGGCCACGGAUCACGUGAAAGGAGGCCACUCUACCCAAAAAAAUCCGGGAAAUCCUCGGAUUUUCAUGGGGGCGAGUGAGCACCUGUGGAGACCAACAGAG